CGGGAGCCGUGGAUAAGUUGACUGAGUCCUCGCUACCCGCAGCCCGUCAAUAGAGCGAUCCGGGGUUGGUUACACGGCGAGAACCCGCACCAGUUCGGCAGCACUUCAGACAUCCGGGGAGCAAAUCAGUUCUAGAAGCCUGACUGCAGGUCUGUAACAAUCCGCGACAGCUCCUCAGCCCCCGUGGAGCUACGCCUAAUGCAUCGCGAUGACCUCCUCCCACCCUCCCCUCAUAAGGGGGAGACAGCCCCCCUCUCGCAGGUUCUCGUCUGGAUCUUCUAGGUGACCAUCAGCAAUGUCUACAACUGCCACGACCGCGGCCACGGUCAUGGCCGCAGAAGCGUCUGCACCAACCGCGGAAACCCCCCUUCUCACACCCUCUUCCCCGGCACGAGCACUUACCGACACACAGUGGGAAACGCUCCUGGCCUUCGCGGACACGCUUGUGCCCGCCCUGACGACCUCCGAAGUCCUCGCCGUGCGGUCCUCAGUCACGCGCACGGUAUCGUCUCCGGACUGGCCGGCGAUCGACCGCUUCCUGCAUUCCUCAUGCCGCGAUUCCCCCGAAUUCCGCUUCUAUCUCGAUGCCGCACUGCACCGAUCCCCGGCCAGCGCAAAGCUGGCGCGCGUCCUCGACAUCCUGCAGCGCGGCGGCUGGAUGACGUAUCUCGCCACGGGCAGCUGGAAGCCGUUCCUGUCGCUCGAGCGGAGUGAGCGCGAGACGGUGCUCGCCGGGUGGGAGGGCGCACGGCUGCAGGUCUUUCGCCGGCUGUUUGCUGUCCUCAAGGUCAUGACUGUCGCCUCGCUGCUGCGAAUGUCGCCGACGGCCCUGGAGGCGCUGGGUUACCCGCGCGUCGAUCCUGACAAGCCGGAGAAACCGCAGUUCCACAAAUUCGAGUUCGAGGAGCUUCCCGCUGGGAAUGUGGCCAUCGAUGCGGACGUGGUGAUCGUGGGCAGCGGAGCCGGCGGUGGUGUCGUUGCGCAACGCAUGAUGCAGGAGUUUGAGGGGCAGGGGUUGAGGCUUUGUAUCCUCGAGCGCGGCGACUGGAUUCCCACCGACCAGCUGCCGCUCAGCGAGGCGACGCACGGCCGGAUGUAUGCCGGAGGCGGAGUGGUCAGGACGGUGAGCGGGAACGUCGCGAUGGUUGCGGGCUCAACUUGGGGUGGCGGUACGGCAAUCAAUUACUCUGCGUCUCUCCAAACGCCAGCAAAAGUGCGUGAGGAGUGGAGCCGUGAGUAUGGACUGGAUUUUGCCGAGACGGCAGAGUUUCAGGAGUGUUUGGACAUGGUCUGCGACUACAUGGGCGUUUCGACCGACAACAUCCAGCACAAUUCUGCAAACUCGCUCCUCAUCGAUGGCUGCAAGAAAACAGGAAUGGACUACAAGAUCGUGCCGCAGAACUCAGGUGGCAACGCCCACAACUGCGGCUACUGCUGCUACGGCUGUCCUUCGAACCAGAAGCAAGGCGGCACAGCAACAUGGCUCGUCGACGCUGUCACCCGCGGUGCGAAAGCAAUCCAGCGCUGCCACGUGCGGAAGAUCAACUUCUCGUCCACGAACGCAGUGACCGGCAUCGAUGCCGUGAUCAACGGGGGCACCACUCACCUCACGAUAAACUGUCCGCGCGUAGUAGUCGCCGCCGGCGCGCUCUACACGCCAUGCCUCCUGCUCUCCUCAGGCCUCAAAAACCCGCACAUCGGCAGCAACCUCAAGCUGCAUCCCGCUGCCGGAAUGUGGGCGUUCAUGCCGAGCACAGUCCCGACGACGCCCUGGCGCGGUCCCAUCCUAACCGCGCUCAUCACCGAAGCCUCAAAUCUGGACGGCAAAUACUACGGCGCGCGCGGGAUCUGCGUUCCUCACCACCCAGGCUUCCAAGGCCUACAACUGCCCUGGGGCAACGCCGUACAAUGGUGCCAACGCAUCCUGCGCUACAAAAACAGCCUGAGCACGGUCUCGAUCGCGCGCGACCGCGACUCCGUUGGCACCGUGACCCCGCACCCCGAGUCCGGCGAGCCGCUGAUCAACUACACGUACGCGGCGUUCGACCGCGCCGCCGUGGUCGAGGGCCUCGUCGCCCUGGCGAAAGCCUACGUGGCCGCCGGCGCAGAAGAGGUCUGGGUCGAUGUUUGUGGCCUCCAACCGCACGUCGUCAACAAGGAUGGUGUCGCUUCGCCGGAGUUUAAAGCGUGGUGCGAUGAUAUGCGCGCUCGUGGAAUUGAGGAUAGGGCUACGAGCGCUCAUCAGAUGGGAACGGCGAGGAUGGGACAAGAUGAGGAAUCCUCUGUCUGUGAUACACAGGGAAGAGUCUGGGGCACAGAGGGGCUGUGGGUCGCUGAUAGCAGUCUAUGUCCCACUGCUACGGGGGUCAAUCCCAUGGUCUCGACUAUGGCGCUGGCGGCUUGGGUCGCGAAGAGUGUGUGUAGGGAGGUUGCGAGGGGGAAGACAUGAUUGUCUUGAGCAGGACCGUAUACCCAGUAUACGAGAGAUGUUGGAAUAAACAGUAUGUAGCAAUUGCGGGUCACGAGGGAUGCGGAUUUCCGUUGAAUGCGAUAGUGGUGUUGCCACAGCGCUGGCGAAAUGUACGUCAAAGGAUUGCUUUGAUAUCAAACGCCUAUGUUCAAGUACCCAGAGAACUUAUAUGUACUCCAUUUUUGUG